UAGCAGCUAGCUACUAGCAGCUAGCUAGGUGCGCAGAAGCAGCGUCGCCUAGAGCAGCUCGAGAAACAUGAAACAUUAGAAACAUUUCUGCUCAACGAGCUCAGGACUCAGCUCAUAACAGGCCCGGAACCCGGAGGACCCGAACCGGAAGUCUAACGGAACCGGACCGGUGUUCAGGGGAUCCUAACUUAUAUCCACUGUUAGCUGUUAGCUGUUAGCUGUGAUGGAACAUCCGGGCAGCGAUCGAUAAAGAAGCCUAGACGCUGCAUGGCGACGGACUGGCAGCAGAGGGAGUGAGCAGCCAAUCAGCUGAAGCUGGCGGUAGCAACAUGGCGUCCCGUCAGAGGAACUCGGUGCGGAUCCUGUCCACCCGGGAGCGAGGCUCCCAGACCUUCGGCUCUCAGAGGCUCCUGCAGCUGCUGGUGGAGGAGAAGGUCCGCUGGAUGAAAUGGCAGAGUCAGAAAGUGGAGCUGCCGGACAGCCCCCGCUCAACCUUCCUGCUGGCAUUCAGCCCCGACAGAACCCUGAUGGCCUCCACUCAUGUCAACCACAACAUUUACAUAACGGAGGUGAAGACUGGAAAGUGCCUACAUUCCCUAGUGGGCCACCGUAGAACCCCCUGGUGUGUGACCUUUCACCCCACCAUCCCCGGCCUGGUGGCCUCUGGGUGCCUCGAUGGUGAAGUCCGUAUCUGGGACCUGCAUGGCGGCAGUGAGAACUGGUUCACAGAGAGCAACGUGGCCAUCGCCUCGCUGGCCUUCCACCCGACCGCGCAGCUGCUCCUCAUCGCCACUAACAACGAGCUGCACUUCUGGGACUGGAGCAGGCCGGAGCCCUUUGCCGUGGUGAAGACGGGCAGCGACACGGAGAGAGUCCGGCUGGUGAGGUUCGACCCUCUUGGUCACAACCUACUGACGGCGAUAGUGAAUCCGUCCAAUCAGCAGAGCGAGGAGGACUCUGAGGUGCCCAUGGACAGCGUGGAGAUGCCUCACUUUCGUCAGCGCUCCUUCCUGCCUUCCCAGCCGGUCCGCCGCACGCCCAUCCUCCACAACUUCCUCCACAUCCUGUCGUCUCGCUCCCCGGGGGCUCAGACGGGAAGCGAGCAGCCGCGACCUCACGGUGAAAAUGGAAGCAACGUCGGAGAAUCUCCGAGCAUCCCCCUGGCCCAGUACCCCGGCGCCGAACGCGGGCCUCCCUUCCCGGGCUGUACUCAGCACCUUGGCAUGGUGUGUCUGUGCAGUCGCUGCUCCGUCAAUCGCAAUCCUUCCCUGGCGGCCGACGUGACCCCGUCUGACCCCAGGGUGGCACUUGACGCCCCCCAGCCUUCCCCAGCUUCCACAUUCUCUUCGGCCCGUACGGAGCCCAGGCAGCCCUCGGAGCGACCCUCGGCCUUUACCUCAGUCUACUACAGCGGCGGCACUUCUCUUAACCCCCCUGCACCGAGCGUAGUUGAGUCGCACUCCACCUCCAGGCCCGGACCCGACUGGACACGCAACCUGCUGAGCAUGAGGGAAGGUGGGGUCGGUCCAGGUAUGCUGCCUCCCAGAACCUCCUCCUCCUCCAUCAGCCUGCUUUCAGUGCUCCGUCAGCAAGACGGGUCCUCUCACGCCCCUGUCUACACCUCCGCCUCUGAAGGACGGGGUUUCCCCCAACAAGGAGAGCCGGGGAGCCGAGACGCCGCCGGCACAAGCAGUGGGCAUCAUCCGUUCUGGGAUGGCUCUCGCAGCAACACAGCCUCGUUCCGCAACGUGCUGCAGUGCAACCUGAGCCGCUACUUCAUGGAGUUCGACCGCAUGCAGGACCUAGAGCCGCCAUUAGGGGGCGGGAUGGUGGAUGGAAGUCAGGAGCAGAGCCAAGAGCUGCUGAAUAAUAACAUCGAGCCAGAUAGACCUGGGCCUUCCUCAACUUCCUCCACCUCCUCACCGACUAUCAUCCACUACCAGCCUCCCCUCCCCCCUCCUCCUGCCCCCCAAAACCUGGAGAACAAUGUUCCUCCCCCGGCCUCUCGAGGCCACCUGAACCGCUGCCGGGCCUGCCACAACCUGCUGACCUUCAACCAUGACUCUCAGCGCUGGGAGCGAACCAACCAGGCCUCCUCCACCUCUGCCUCUACUCUAGAGCCCUCCUCUUCUUCUUCCUCCACCUUUCCUCCUUCUUCUUCCCCAUGGCAGCCUGAGGAGGGCAGGAGGACACUAGAAGCCCAACCCCCAGAGAGUAGGGCGCCUCUGGAGCCCAGCGAGCAGCCCCCACCCCUUGCAGAUGGAGGUGGAGGUGCAGGAACUGGGGCCUUCCCGAUUGCCCCAUCCCCCACCCAGUCUGGAGAGCAGACCGUGGGCUUGGUGUACAACCAGGACACAGCACAGUGGGAGAGGGUGUACCGGCAGGCCGCUGCCGGCAGAUCGGCAGAGCCACCGGAGGCCUUAAGCCAAGAAAUGCCUGUUGAGCCCCCCGAUGAGGACUCCCUGAGGAGGCGACUGUUGGAAUCAUCUCUGUUAUCGUUGUCUCGCUAUGACAUGUCGGGGUCGAGAGACCACCCCAUUUACCCCGAUCCAGCCAGGCUCUCUCCAGCUGCUUAUUACGCUCAGAGAAUGAUCCAGUAUCUGUCGAGGAGGGACAGUAUUCGCCAGCGGUCGCUUCGCUACCAGCAGAACCGCCUCCGGGCCAUGUCGUCUUCAUCCGACAGUCCUGCCAGUAACCCAUCCAGCUCCAUGGACAAUAGCGAUGUGGACUUUGAGGAACUGGAUGACAACGGAGACCGAGCCAGACACCGGACGACACGCAACGCCAGAAUGUCUGCACCGUCUCUGGGUCGCUUUGUCCCGCGGCGUUUCCUCCUCCCUGAGUACCUUCCCUACGCUGGGAUCUUCCACGAGAGAGGCCAGCCGGGCUUGGCGACACACUCCUCUGUCAACAGAGUGCUCGCUGGUGCGUCGAUCGGGGACGGCCAGUCCGCGGUGGCCAGCAACAUCGCCAACACCACCUACCGCCUGCAGUGGUGGGACUUCACCAAGUUCGAUCUGCCGGAGAUCAGCAACGCUUCGGUCAACGUCCUGGUGCCAAACUGUAAAAUCUACAACGACGCCUCUUGCGACAUCUCCGCAGACGGCCAGCUGCUGGCGGUCUUCAUUCCCAGCAGCCAGAGGGGGUUCCCGGACGAGGGCAUCCUGGCCAUCUACUCCCUGGCCCCCCACAACCUGGGGGAGGUGCUCUACACCAAGAGAUUCGGUCCCAAUGCUAUCUCUGUUAGCUUGUCCCCGAUGGGGUGCUACGUGAUGGUGGGCCUGGCCUCUCGCAGGAUCCUGCUGCACCCCACCACCGACCACAUGGUGGCGCAAGUCUUCCGCCUGCAGCAGCCACACGGAGGAGAGACCUCCAUCAGGAUGGUGUUCAACGUGGUCUACCCAAUGGCUCCGGACCAGCGCCGCCACGUCAGCAUCAACUCGGCCCGCUGGCUGCCGGACCCAGGGAUGGGUCUGGCUUACGGGACCAACAAGGGGGACCUGGUCAUCUGCCGGCCCGUGUUCUACCGUAGCGAUGGUGAGAGUCCCGCCGAGUCAAGCAGCGAGCCUUUAUUCUCAGUCAACAACAGUGGAACCAGCCGGACCCGAGGUUCUGACAGACCAGGACCCAACCGCUCCGGCUGGAGGCUGGACCGAGACAUGGGUUUGAUGAACGCCAUUGGCCUUCAGCCCCGACAUCCCACCCCUUCUGUGACAUCACAAGGAACCCAGACGCCGAUCAUCCAGCUGCAGAACGCCGAGACCCAAACGGAGAGGGAGCUAUCCGAGCCCAGCGCCCCCCCGCCGUUACCCAAUGUCCCUCCUGAGACUCCGUCCACCAGCCGAGCGGCUCCCGGGCAGCAGGAGGCGUCUCUGAGCAGCCGAGCGGGGGACGGCAUGCCGGCCGAGGCGGCUGAAGCCACAGCCGGGGAGACUCCAGAGUUCGGCUCGGGGGAAGACGCUCUGGCUCGAAUCCGCCGGCUGAUCGCCGAGGGCGGCAUGACCGCGGUGGUCCAGCGGGAGCAGAGCACCACUAUGGCGUCCAUGGGCGGCUUCGGGAACAACAUCAUCGUCAGCCACCGCAUCCACCGCGGCUCCCAGACGGCAGGUGCGGCCUCCAGACCCCCGGCGGACCCAGGCACGGGGGCCCCUUCCACCUCGGGGCCCCUCCUCAUGGCUCAGACCUACGCCCCCCACCGGGCUGAUCGGCCGGCCCUGUGGGAGCCCCAGCCCUCUGGCCUCCCCCUGGUGGACGUGGACGACGACUCCCUGCCGGGCCCCUCUUCCUCGCUGCUGCUGUCUUCCCCGUCUUCUUCUUCCUCCUCCUCCUCCUCUCACAGCCCCCACCCCAGCGGAGAGGGAGGGGCCUUCAACAGUUACGCCGGCGACCCGUACAGCAGGUAGUUCCCCUAUUGGUCGAGAGAAGCACUGCUCUUCAAAGCCUUAACUCUCAAAGAAAUGGGUGCUGCUUUGUCUCUGAACUGGGACUCCCCCACCCCCCUCCCCCCACCCGACCCGCCGGCGGCGUUGGCGUCGCUUCGUCUGCACUUCUACGAACUGAUCAUUCCUCUCCAGAAAGGGCUUUUACUUGAACAGAGGCCCGUUAGCGCUGAGCUCCUGUCCGGCAGACUGAAGACCAGGUUCCUCUGUGCCAUGUCUGGGGGGGGGGCUCUUUACUCACACAUUUACUCCAACGUUCUGCAUCCAGUGCCAUGUGGUGUUGACAUUUGAUGUGAAAUAGUGCGUGAUUGAAGUGUUUCAAAAGUGAAUUCAGCACUACUUUAGUUUGAAGCCUGUUUUUGUACCGUGUAAUUAUGAUAUUUGAAAAGAAGAGAUGGAGGCUGGACUCCACCUGGACUCCACCUGGACUCCACCUGGACUCCACCUGGACUCCACCUGGACUCCACCUGGACUCCACAUGGACUCCACCUGGACUCCACCUGGACUCCACAUGGACUCCACCUGGACUCCACCUGGACUCCACCUGGACUCCACCUGGACUCCACCUGGACUCCACCUGGACUCCACCUGGACUCCACAUGGACUCCACCUGGACUCCACAUGGACUCCACCUGGACUCCACAUGGACUCCACCUGGACUCCACCUGGACUCCACAUGGACUCCACCUGGACUCCACCUGGACUCCACCUGGACUCCACCUGGACUCCACAUGGACUCCACAUGGACUCCACCUGGACUCCAGGUGGAAACAGGACUCCAUCUGGAAACUGGACUCCAUCUGGACUCUGAAUCAUGACUCUGAAUCCCGACCCUGCAUCAGGACCCUGCAUCAGGACCCUGCAUCUGGCCUGGAGGAGGUCCCGCCCCCCCACCAGGAGGUGAGUGGCGGCCGACUGAACUGAAUUGACUGCAUGUCUUUUUUCUAAACGCUGCAGUUCAUGAAACGAACGUCAAACGUUUUCCUUUUCUUUUCUUUUUUUACGGCUGUAGAGGAGAUGAACAUUUCCUUGUUUGGGGGAGAGACUUGAUGCCCCCCCCCACCACUAACAGACUCUCAGAGGGUUGAGUCACAAAAGCUGAGAAACUGUGUUUGGGGGGGGCAUCAGGAACGACGUUGCUUUUUUAACCUGUAUUUGUAAAUGGUCGGCAAAAUGUAAAAUAUAAGUGUGGAAGUGAACUCUGCCCACAGGGACAAAGUGGAUUAAAGAUGGCCGGUGUAAA